CUGAAAUAAAACAAAAUGGUGAAGCCAGCUGAUGUUGACGUUGUUGAUGCGGGCAAGAAGGGCGCACCCGCUGGUAGUCCCGUCAUGGCAGCGUGUGAGGAGGAGGUGUUGCUCUCUGUGCCCGGGGAAGGCGUGGAAAGGAAGCUGGAAAAUGUGUCUCGGUUCCCUCGUCAUGGCUGGAAGGUUCCUCUUGACCACAGGUUCCCCGAGAAGAGGAACCAGCGGAUUCGGCCGAGGAUUGCGCAACUACCCCAGCUGAUGCCUCUCUUCGUGAGAUAUCUCGUCUACUACAUGUACACAAGGGCCCAGGGACGCAAGCCGUGGAUAGAUUGCAUAACAAUGAUGAAUGGGAAACAGAUGUAUGGUGUCCCACUGGGAGGCAUAGGCUCAGGAACAAUUGGCCGUGGGUUUAGGGGGGAGUUCUGCCGCUACCAGAUGGUGCCUGGAAUUUAUGAGUACCACACUGUCAUGGCCAAUCAGUUCAUCGUGACAAUCAGAGACCCCAAGGGCAAUACACUCUACCAAAAGGUCUUGUCAGUACACAGUAAGUCCAAGAAAGGUUUGGGGUCGUGGGACUGGGGCUUCAGUGGAGCAGAUGCCCUCUACUGCGGCCUUUAUCCAAGAUCAUGGACUGUCUACAAUAUCAAAGAACAGAGCAUAAGACUAAUAUGCCGUCAGAUUUCACCUGUUAUACCACACAAUUAUAAAGAUUCAUGUUUACCUGUAGGUAUGUUUGUAUGGAAUAUUGAAAAUCACAAUUCGGAACCUCGCGAUGUUUCCAUUUCUCUCACCUUCAAGAACGGCACAGGCAGUAGUGAAGAUAAAAAUGGAGAAUGUUGGAGCGAAGUUUGGGAAAGAAAUUUGGAGGAAGGGAAAGCGAAAGGCGUCGUGUUGCACCAGACCAUCAGAAGUCUCAAUCUGCGAUACUGUUUGGCCGUCAGAGAAAAGCCUGGCGUCUCUGCCUCCCACUGCCCCGGCUUCAAUCCCACAGGGCCUGGCGACUCCGUGUGGAAUGACCUGAAAAUGGACGGAGAGUUGGAAAGCAAAGAAGCACCCUUGAUAAAAACAAGAAAAGGUGAAGAGAGAGCAGUGGCAGUGUGUGGAAAGUGUAGCAUAGGGGCCAACAAGUCAGGCAUGGUGGAGAUCGCCCUGGCUUGGGACAUGCCGCAAAUUGUGUUCAAAAGCCGGGGGAUUACUCACACCAGACGAUAUACACGCUGGUUUGGGGAUGAGCAAACAGCAGCCCAGGAGAUCGCUUCUUAUGCUCUGGACAGCUACAAGCGGUGGGAAGUCGAGAUAGAGAAUUGGCAGAAUCCUAUCCUUCAGGACAAAGACUUACCCGACUGGUUCAAAAGUGCCAUCUUCAAUGAGCUCUACUUCAUCUCGGACGGAGGCUCGGUCUGGCUCGAGAUGACACCCUCUCCCAACACACCCCUGCCUGCCUACGACACUCGACCUGAAUAUGGCCGCUUUGCAUACCUGGAAAGCCACGAGUACCGGAUGUACAACACCUACGACGUGCACUUCUACGCGUCGUGGGCCCUCGUCAUGUUAUGGCCUGAGCUGCAGAAGUCCCUCCAGUAUGACAUGGCCCAAUGGACUACCUCGGCUGACCUCACACCCCGGACGCAUCUCUUCAGGGGGAACAAGGGCGUGCGCAAGCUGGCCAAUGCUGUGCCACAUGAUAUUGGUGACCCAGAGGAUGAGCCCUUUGUGCGUGUAAAUGCUUACCAGAUUCAUGACAUUAGUUAUUGGAAAGAUCUGAACCUAAAGUUUGUUUUACAGGUGUACAGAGACCACACUUUCUUCCAUGACCUUGAUCACCUCACGCACAUGUGGCCGGUAUGUCGGGCCGUAAUGGACCGAUGCUUUGCCUAUGACCGGGAUGGUGAUGGCCUGAUUGAGAAUGAAGGCCAGGCAGACCAGACUUAUGACUCGUGGGUGAUGCAUGGACCCUCGGCCUACUGCUGCUCAUUGUGGGUGGCCGCCCUGGCCGUCAUGGUGGAGAUGGCCUCGGAGCUCAAAGAUGAGGCUGAGGAGAAGAAGUUUGCCGAGGCUCUGGCCAAGGCGAGGGUAGCCCUGCAGGAGAAACUCUGGAAUGGAAAAUAUUACAAGUUUGAUUGUUGUGAUGCUCCCCACAGCCACAGUAUUAUGGCAGAUCAGCUGGUUGGUCACUGGUAUCUCUCUCUGUCUGGAGCUGGAGUUGAGGUAUUCAGACGAGACUGUGUGAAGUCAGUCUUAGAACUCCUUUACGAGUACAAUGUCCAGAGGUUCAACAAUGGCGAGAUGGGGGCAGUGAACGGCAUGAACCCUGAUGGCAGUAUAGACAGGUACACCAUGCAGAGCGAGGAGAUGUGGGUGGGGGUCACCUAUGGGCUCGCUGCCACUAUGAUCUAUGAGGGAAUGGUGGAGCAAGGAUUCAAGACGGCAGAAGGUGUCUAUCGCACAGUCUAUGAGAAGAUUGGCCAAGGUUUUGAGACCCCUGAGGCCUUGUACGGAGAGCACAAAUACCGUGCCAUUGGCUACAUGCGUCCACUGUCCAUCUGGUCCAUGUACCAUGCUUACUUGCAGCAGAAGAGAAGGAAAAUGGCUGAAGCGUGCCAGAAGAGCUACAGCAAUGCCUCCUCUCCUGUACCAUCCAUGGGGAGUGAAGAGGGAGUGAAUCUGGUGCAGGAUUCUUCUAGCGAUGUGUCGAAAUGAGGAGAGGAGAGAAGUAUCUCAAAAUUACAUUUAGGUGUUUCAGGCGGGGAACAUCAAG